ACGCGACGAUGCGGCGACCGGAGCGCCGCCGGCAUUCAAUCGUCGCAACUACGGUUGCGUGAAAGUAAACCAAACGCGUGUGAAGGCUGCGAGAGAUCACGGAACAGUCAGGAGGGCAUUAUCCGAUUUGCUCGAAAUUUCAAAGGUAAUUAUCUCAAAAAUGUCAAGAAAGCCAGGAGCUACUCAAGCCAUGCAUAAGGUCAUAAUGGUUGGGAGUGGAGGUGUUGGAAAAUCUGCUCUGACGUUACAAUUUAUGUAUGAUGAGUUUGUUGAAGAUUACGAACCUACAAAAGCAGAUUCCUAUAGAAAGAAAGUUGUAUUAGACGGAGAAGAGGUACAAAUAGAUAUUCUGGAUACUGCAGGACAAGAAGAUUACGCAGCAAUUCGAGACAAUUACUUUCGUAGUGGAGAAGGCUUCCUCUGUGUAUUUUCGAUAACAGAAGAUGAUAGCUUUCAGGCUACACAGGAAUUUAGAGAACAGAUUCUCAGGGUAAAAAAUGAUGAGAACAUACCAUUUUUAUUAGUGGGAAAUAAAAGUGAUUUACAAGAAAAAAGAAAAGUCAGUUUAGCCGAAGCUCAAGCAAGGUCUCAACAGUGGGGUGUUCCUUAUGUGGAAACAAGCGCUAAAACAAAAGAAAAUGUAGAUAAGGUAUUUUUCGACUUGAUGCGUGAAAUAAGGUCACGCAAAAUUGAAGAUAAAUCAGCAAGCAAUGGUCGAGGUAAAGACCGUACCAAGAGGAAGAAAAAGAAGUGCAUUAUUCUAUAGGUGUUCUUUGAUUUAAUGAGAGCAAUAGCUGCUCGCAAGGCGCAAGAAAAUCAAGCAGAUGGGAGUGAACGUAAGAAGAAAACCAACUGCUGCAUCUUGCUAUAACAAACAUAAAACAAUAUGUAGCUUGGAAGGUUCAACUCCUGUAACUGAAAGCUAAGCGUAAGAGAACUGUAUUUAUAUAAAAAUGAAAGUUUUCUGACACUUUACAGUGGA